AAGAGCUCCGGCGGCUAAGCCAGCCCGGCCGCCCGCUGCCCUCCUCCUCCUCCUCCUCCUCCUCUCCUCCGGCUCUCCGGCUCUCCCUUGCCGCCCCCGGAGCUCCGGGAGAGCGCGGCGCGCCAGGAGGGGCAGCGGCGGCUGGGCGCGGGGGGUUGAGGGGAGCCGCGCCCCGGAGGAGGCAGAGGCCUCGGGCGUUCUCCGUCCCUCGAGGCGGGCAGAAUGAGGCUGAGAAGCGGCGGCAGCCGCCCGGGCCCCCGGCUCUGGGCCCCGCUUCUCCUGGGCUGUUUGCUCGGCAGCUGGGCGGCCGCUCAGGACCUCUCCCAGAACGCCGUCGCCUUCCAAGACUGCCCGGUGGACCUCUUCUUCGUGCUGGACACGUCGGAGAGCGUGGCGCUGCGGCUCAAGCCCUACGGAAGCCUCGUGGACCAAGUGAAGGACUUCACCAACCAGUUCAUCGACAACUUGGUGGACAGGUACUAUCGAUGUGACCGGAAUCUGGUGUGGAACGCAGGAGCUCUCCAUUACAGCGACACUGUGGAGCUCAUCCAGGGGCUGACCUCCAUGCCCAGUGGCCGGGACACCCUGAAGGCCAAUGUGAGGGGCGUGAAGUACAUUGGCAAAGGCACCCACACCGACUGUGCCAUCAAGAAGGGGAUUGAGGAGCUGCUCGUCGGGGGGUCCCACCUGAAGGAGAACAAGUACCUGAUCGUGGUGACCGACGGGCACCCCCUGGAGGGCUACAAGGAGCCCUGCGGUGGCCUGGAAGACGCCGUCAAUGAGGCCAAGCACCUGGGCAUCAAGGUCUUCUCGGUGGCCAUCACCCCGGAUCACCUGGAGCCACGGCUGAGCAUCAUUGCCACGGACCACACGUACAGGCGGAACUUUACCGCGGCUGACUGGGAUCUCAACCGUGACUCCACAGAGCUGAUCAAGGAGACCAUCGACACCAUCAUCAAGAUGAUUAAAGACAACGUGGAACAAGUGUGCUGCUCUUUCGAGUGCCAGCCUGCCCGAGGCCCUCCUGGACAGCGGGGUGAUCCUGGCCACGAGGGAGAAAGAGGAAAGCCCGGUCUUCCUGGAGAGAAGGGCGAAGCUGGGGAGCCCGGAAGGCAAGGUGAUCUCGGACCCGUGGGUUACCAAGGAAUGAAGGGAGAAAAAGGGACUCGGGGAGAAAAGGGCUCCCGAGGACCCAAGGGCUACAAGGGUGAAAAGGGCAAGCGAGGCAUCGACGGGAUCGAUGGGCAGAAGGGCGAAAGCGGAUAUCCCGGCUUGCCAGGCUGCAAGGGCUCCCCGGGGUUCGAUGGAGCAGAAGGACCUCCAGGGCCCAAGGGAGACCCAGGCUCUUUUGGACCAAAAGGAGAAAAGGGUGCCCCCGGAGAGGACGGAGAACCUGGAAGGCCAGGAAACACGGGGCUCCCGGGAGAGGAGGGUCAGCCGGGAGAGCCGGGCCCCGCCGGAGAGAAAGGAGAGCAGGGCGACGAGGGCAAUCCUGGACCCGACGGCCCCCCUGGAGAAAGGGGCGGCCCCGGGGAACGCGGACCUCGAGGAACCCCUGGAGUUCGGGGGCCCAGAGGAGAGCCGGGGGAGCAGGGGCCCCAAGGUGACCAAGGCCGAGAAGGACCUGUCGGAGUCCCCGGAGACCCAGGCGAGGCUGGGCCCGUCGGACCAAAGGGUUACCGAGGAGACGAGGGCCCUCCGGGAAGCGAGGGUCCUAGAGGACCUGCAGGCCUCACGGGCCCCCCAGGAGAUCCUGGUUUGAUGGGGGAAAGGGGCGAAGAUGGGCCCCCCGGGAACGGAACAGACGGCUUCCCAGGCUUCCCGGGAUAUCCAGGGAGCCGGGGCCCUCCUGGCGUAAACGGCAGUAAAGGCUAUCCCGGCGUCAAGGGAGACGAAGGAGAGGCCGGCGACCCCGGGGAGGACAACAACGACAUUUCGCCACCAGGAAUGAAAGGAGCCAAAGGAUACCGAGGCUCGGAAGGCCCCGCGGGACCCCCAGGACCCACAGGGCCUCCAGGACCAGAUGAAUGUGAAAUCCUGGACAUCAUCAUGAAAAUGUGCUCUUGCUGCGAAUGUAAGUGUGGCCCCAUCGACAUCCUCUUCGUGUUGGACAGUUCGGAGAGUAUCGGCCUUCAGAACUUUGAGAUCGCCAAGGACUUCAUCGUCAAGGUGAUCGACAGGCUGAGCAGAGACGAGCUGGUCAAGUUUGAACCUGGCCAGUCCCAUGCAGGUGUUGUCCAGUACAGCCACAACCAAAUGCAGGAGCACGUGAGCUUGAGCAACAACAACAUCCAGAACGCCCAUGACUUGAAAGAGGCAGUAAAGAAACUCCAGUGGAUGGCCGGAGGCACCUUCACUGGGGAGGCCCUUCAGUACACCAGGAAUAACCUGCUGCCCCCCACCCAGAAUGAGCGGAUCGCUCUUGUCAUCACGGACGGGCGGUCGGACACGGAACGAGACACGACUCCUCUGACCGUGCUCUGUGGAGCAGACGUCGUGGUGUUUUCCCUGGGCAUCAAGGAUCUCUUUGGGGGCAGCGCAAGCCCAGAUCAGCUGAAUGAAAUUUCCUGCCAAGGCCAAACCAGCUCCCCAGGGAAAAGGACAGGCAUAUCCCUCGUCAAGGAAAACUAUGCCGAGCUCCUGGACGACAACUUCCUGCAAAACAUCACCACCCAAAUCUGCAUCGAUAAGAAGUGCCCAGACUACACCUGCCCAAUCCAAUUCACGUCUCCCGCAGACAUCACCGUGCUGGUGGACAGCUCCGCCAGUGUGGGCAAGCACAACUUUGAGACCACCAAGCGCUUCGUGAAGCGGCUGGCUGAGCGAUUCCUCACGGCUAACAAGGCCGACCCCUCUCACGACAUCCGCUUCUCGGUGGUCCAGUACAGCGGCAAAGGCCAGCAGAGGCCGGAGACGCACUCCCUGCAGUUCCUCCAGAACUACACGGUGGUCGCCAGCAACAUCGACAGCAUGGGCUUCAUGAACGACGCCACCGAUGUGAACGACGCCAUUCGCUACGUGACCGCCUUCUACCGGCGAGCCUCCUCGGACCGCGCCAAGAAGAAGGUGCUCCUCUUCUCUGACGGGAACUCCCAAGGGAUCACCGAGAGCGCCAUCGAGAAGGCCGUGCAGGAGGCCCAGAGAGCGGGCAUCGAAAUCUACGUGCUGGUGGUGGGCCGGCAGGUCAACGAGCCCAACAUCCGCGUCCUGGUCACGGGCAAGACCACCGAGUAUGACGUGGCCUACGGGGAGCGUCACCUCUUCCGGGUGCCCGACUACCAAUCUCUCCUCCAGGGGGUCCUCUACCAGACAGUCUCCAGAAAGAUUUCCAUCGGCUGAGGAAGGAGGAAGGAGAACUUCCCCCCACCCGAGAGGGCCCGCCAUGUAGUCUUGUCCCCGGCCUGACCCUCUCCCCCCGACCCUAAAAACAGAAACGCAAAUGUGACUUGGCGUCUUCUCGACUUCCCAACGGACGGAUCCUAGAGAGGGAGAAAGAUCGAGAAGCUGAGCUCGCCCCCUCCGGGCCCCUGGUGGAUAGCGCCCCCUCUCUAGCUCUGCGUGCGAGCCCCUCGGCAGGGACCCUUCUCAUCCCCGUCUUUAGCCAGCGCCAGCUUUCACAGCAAACUCCCCACCUGUCGACCAUCAUCUUCUCAUGCCCAAAGCAGGAAACUUGCCGUGGGCAAAGGGGCCGAGGGCCAACGUUCCCCGACGUGGCAUGUUCUCUCCUGAGAGACUCGACUGUCCCGGCGUGGCUCGGCCAAUGUUUUCUUGGGGAGAGAGUUGGCUGCCGAGGAUGCCCUGAUCCAGCCCUUCCUGGGAAGUUCUUGCCACUUACCCUCCCGCGCUGUAGGGUUCAUGGAACCCCCCUGGAGACCCCAACCAUCCGGAAGGCCCGUGCCAAGGGCAAAGCCGGCCCAGUGAAAGCAGGGAACAGAGAAGCCAAAGCUUGCACGGCUGCCAGGCAGUUCUCUGCACUCAAGGCGGCUUUUCUUAGAAACGUCCGUCUCUUGCCGGUGCUUUCUUCUCCCGACCUUUCAAGGCACAGAGCGGGGCACAUUGGCAAGGCGUCGCGUCAGCCAUAGAAAUCAGGUGCUAGUCCAACCCUCCGUGUUUACAAUGGCAGUUCCCAGCAAUUGGCUCCAGACUCUGGGCUCGCCCAGAGCCACUCGGCAUCCCUGUGGGGCUCAGCUCUAGCACGACUUCCUUUCUUGCUUCUUCUCUUGAAAAAUGCCCCCCGCUCGGACGGCCCAUCCCCUGAGACGUGGCGGCCCAGCGCCCGUUGUUCCUCCGCCAGUCCAGCCGUUCCUUUGGGCCCGGCUCCAUCCUUUGUCCAAUAAAUGUUUUUCCACAA